CCAGCUGCUGGCUCCGCGCAGUUCCGACCCACAGCCUGGCACCCUUCGGCGAGCGCUGUUUGUUUAGGGCUCGGUGAGUCCAAUCAGGAGCGCAGGCUGCAGUUUUCCGGCAGGGCAGUAAGAGGCGCCUCCUCUCUCCUUUUUAUUCACCAGCCGUGAAGCGCAGACCCCGGACUCGCGCUCUCCCGCCGGCGCCCGCGGCCUCUCUCCGCGCCCGGGAGCGCCCAGCCCUCCGCCACGGCCCUUCACCACGCACAGCGCUCGCCCCAGGAGCUAGACGUCAGUUUACCGCAGCAGCCCGGGACGGUGGAUGGCCUUGACUGACGGCGGCUGGUGUCUGCCGAAGCGCUUCGGGACCACGGUUGCGGACGCCAGCGACUCGGGGCCCUUUCCUGCGCGGGAGCCCUCCACGCCACCUUCCCCCAUCUCCUCGUCGUCGUCUCCCUGCUCCCGGGGCGCCGAGCGCGGGCCCUGCGCCGCCGGCCUCUGCAGGACGCCGCAGGACGACGGCGAGGCGGUGGCGGGACCCCCGGCCCGCUCGCUGCUGCUCAGCCCCUACGCGUCGCAUCCCUUCGGGGCGGCGCACGGACCUGCGGCGCCCGGGGUCGCGGGCCCCGGGAGCGCUCUGUCGAGCUGGGAGGACCUAUUGCUCUUCACUGACAUCGACCAGGCCGCCACCGCCAGCAAGUUGCUGUGGUCCAGCCGGGGCGCCAAGCUGAGUCCCUUCGCCCCGGAGCAGCCCGAGGAGAUGUACCAGACCCUCGCCGCCCUCUCCAGCCAGGGCCCAGCCGCGUACGACGGCGCGCCCAGCGGCUUCGUGCACUCCGCGGCCGCCGCGGCUGCGGCUGCAGCGGCCGCCAGCUCCCCAGUCUACGUGCCCACCACCCGUGUGGGUUCCAUGCUGCCCGGCCUGCCCUACCUGCAGGGGGCAGGCGGCGCGCCCACCAACCACGCGGGGGGCGCGGCCUCGCACCCCGGUUGGCCCCAGGCCUCGGCUGACAGUCCCCCGUACGGCGGCGGCGGCGGCGCGGCGGGCGGCGGGGCCGCGGGGCCUGGCGGAGCCGGGUCGGCCGCGGCGCACGCGUCGGCGCGCUUUCCCUACUCGCCCAGCCCGCCCAUGGCCAACGGCGGGGCGCGGGAACCCGGGGGCUACGCGGCGGCGGGCAGCGGCGGCGCGGGCAGCGGCGGCAGCCUAGCGGCCAUGGGCGGCCGGGAGCACCAGUACAGCUCGCUGUCGGCGGCGCGGCCUCUGAACGGGACGUACCACCAUCACCAUCACCACCACUCGAGUCCUUACUCGCCUUACAUGGGUGCGCCUCUGACCCCGGCCUGGCCCACAGGACCCUUCGAAACCCCGGUGCUGCACAGCCUCCAGAGCCGCGCCGGAGCCCCGCUCCCGGUGCCUCGGGGUCCCAGCGCAGACCUGCUGGACGACCUGCCCGAGAGCCGCGAGUGCGUGAACUGCGGCUCCAUCCAGACGCCGCUGUGGCGGCGGGACGGCACCGGCCACUACCUGUGCAACGCCUGCGGGCUCUACAGCAAGAUGAACGGCCUCAGCCGGCCCCUCAUCAAGCCGCAGAAGCGCGUGCCUUCAUCACGGCGGCUUGGAUUGUCUUGUGCCAACUGUCAUACCACGACCACCACCUUGUGGCGCAGAAAUGCGGAGGGUGAACCCGUGUGCAACGCUUGUGGACUGUACAUGAAACUCCACGGGGUGCCUCGACCACUUGCUAUGAAAAAAGAGGGAAUUCAAACCAGAAAACGAAAACCUAAAAACAUAAAUAAGUCCAAGGCUUGCUCUGGUAAUAGCAAUAAUCCUGUCCCCAUGACUCCAACUUCCACCUCUUCUAACUCAGAUGACUGCAGCAAAAAUACUUCUCCAACACAACCAACAGCCUCAGGGGCCGGGGCUCCAGUGAUGCCUAGCGCGGGAGAAGGCCCCACCCCUGAGAACAGCGAGCUCAAGUAUUCAGCUCAGGACGGGCUCUACAUUGGCGUCAGUCUGUCUUCCCCAGCAGAAGUCACAUCCUCUGUGCGACAGGAUUCCUGGUGCGCUCUGGCCUUGGCCUGAGCUGGUGCUGCUGGGAGUAAAGAGGACUCCCCACUCUGAGGGCCUCGAACCAGCAGUCCACAUGGUGGCAACCAGACAGACCGAACAUUCCUCCGAUGCGUGAUUUCUGUGCCUUUGUUUUGAAAGUGAUGUAUUUCCCAAGAGGCUUGCUUCUGGGGAAAGGCCAACAGCAGUGGCACAUGGCCGGCCUCCUGCAGCCGGGGCGGCCUCCGGCCAGCCAGUCUGCUUCUGCGCUGUCCCCUGAACUGCUGGCACAAACUGGGACGUGGACAAUUGAGAUUCUUUUUUUUUUUUUUUUUUUAAAGGUUAAUGUGUAUUGCCCCAAAUCAUGUGCUUCUUUGGAUCGAUUAUGGUUUUUCUAGAAGUUCUUCACACCUGUGCCACAUGCCAGGUUCACAAGUUCGUGGAGACCAUUGGAGGCCGUUUGGUACUCACGGCUAAGAAGGAGGAUUGCUUUCUGAGGUGUAUUGUCAAGUGUAUUUGUCAGUUUUCAAGACUGCCGAGCUGUGACUGAAUCUUCUCGAAGCUCAGCUUGGGCGACUGAUCUGAGCUCACUCAGAAUUUGUAAACAGGGUAGCAAACAAGAUAUUUUUUUCUUCCAUGUACACAAUAAUUUUUUUUUAAAAAGUGCAAUUUGCGUUGCAGCAAUCAGUGUUAAAUCAUUUGCAUACGAUUUAACAGCAUUUUUUAUAAUGAAUGUAUACAUUUUAACUUAAUGGUACUUAAAAUAAUUUAAAAGAAAAAAAUGUUAACUUAGACAUUCUUAAGGAUUUUACAAACUACAUCCCAUUUUUACCUUUGCAACUGUCCAAAGAAAACUCAUGUCAAGAACAAAUCCCUCUCUCAGGAAAAAUUGCCUUUCUCUAUUUGUUAAGAAUUUUUAUAUGAGAAUACCAAUAUACCCCUUUUUCUUUCACUGUGGAUAUGUGCUGGAAAAUUUGCAACAAAAACUUUACUACCUAAAAAAUAGCAUUUGUAAAUACUCUAGGCAUCUGUACACGCUCUGAUGAAGUCUGUAUAGUGUGACUCACCACAGGUUGGUUUACAUU